CUGCCUCUGAGACGCGCCGACCGCUCCAGAAGGCGUUCUCUAGGAUCAUCCAAUCAGAGCGGCGGAUCCGGGCACCACCCCCUUCGUCGCCUUGGCAACAGGACGCACAGGCUCCCGCCCGGUGAGGUGGCGGUUUGAAGCGGGCCCUGCGGAAUCGCGUCAUGUCACGACUGAAGAACCAAAACUACAAGGGCUAUGGAUUGUCAAAGGGAAAAGAACGAGAGCAGAGAGCAUCAAUCCGGUUCAAGACUACUCUUAUGAACACGCUUAUGGAUGUCCUUCGCCGCAGGCCGGGAUGGGUAGAAGUAAAGGACGAAGGGGAGUGGGAUUUCUACUGGUGUGACGUCAGCUGGCUCCGGGAGAACUUCGACCACACCUACAUGGAUGAACACGUGCGGAUCAGUCACUUCCGAAACCACUACGAGCUGACCCGCAAGAACUACAUGGUCAAGAACCUGAAGCGGUUCCGGAAACAGCUGGAGCGCGAGGCAGGAAAGCUGGAGGCAGCCAAGUGCGACUUCUUCCCCAAAACCUUCGAGAUGCCGUGCGAGUACCACCUGUUUGUGGAGGAGUUCCGUAAAAACCCAGGGAUCACCUGGAUCAUGAAGCCUGUAGCCCGGUCCCAGGGGAAGGGCAUCUUCCUAUUCCGGAAGCUGAAGGACAUCAUGGACUGGAGGAAGGGCACUGCUGGGAAAAAGCUCACCAGCUUGCAGGCCCAGCAGGCCCAGAGUGCUGUCAAUCCCUCUGGCAGCCACGACUCAAGAUGUUCGGAUGACCAGAAAGAAGAAAUUCCUGUGGAGAAUUAUGUAGCGCAGCGUUAUAUCGAAAACCCCUAUCUGAUAGGAGGCCGCAAGUUUGACCUGCGUGUCUACGUGCUGGUGAUGUCGUACAUCCCCCUGCGGGCCUGGCUGUACCGGGACGGCUUCGCCCGCUUCUCCAACACCCGCUUCACACUCAGCAGCAUUGAUGACCAGUAUGUGCACCUCACCAAUGUCGCCGUGCAAAAGACGUCCCCUGACUACCACCCAAAGAAGGGCUGCAAAUGGAUGCUCCAGCGCUUCCGACAGUACCUGGCGUCCAAGCACGGCCCAGAAGCAGUGGAGUCGCUCUUCAGUGACAUGGACAACAUCUUCAUCAAGAGCCUGCAGAGCGUGCAGAAGGUGAUCAUCAGUGACAAGCACUGCUUUGAGCUGUACGGCUAUGACAUCCUCAUAGACCAGGACCUCAAGCCAUGGCUCCUGGAGGUCAACGCGUCCCCAUCGCUGACAGCCAGCAGCCAGGAGGACUAUGAGCUCAAGACCUGCCUCCUGGAAGACACCCUGCACAUCGUGGACAUGGAGGCCAGGCUCACAGGAAGAGAGAAGCGGGUGGGAGGCUUUGACCUCAUGUGGAAUGAUGGCCCUGUCAGCAGAGAAGAGGGGGUUCCCGACUUGUCAGAAGUGGGGAACUUUGUGACCAACACACACCUUGGUUGCAUCAAUGAUCGAAAAAAACAGCUGAGGCAGCUGUUCCGCUCCCUUCAAGGCCAGAAGAAAGCUUCCAGCUAAUACCCAGCCGCUGAGAGGCAAGCGUCCCUGGAAGGUGCCAUGUCAUCCAGUCCUCUCCCCACUCCAUGGCCAGCACAGCAGCACCUCAGAGCACACGCCUCCCUCCCUCUGGAUGGGCCACAGCUGCUGCUGCUUGGGCGGGUCUCCUGGAUUCCCCCACCAACCCCUGGGCACCUUUGCACCAGGAGACAGCCAAUCCUCUGGACUGGAUGGGUUUUAACCUCUAAAGAUUGGCUUAGCUAAUAGGCCCAAAGAGUAAGAACUCAGCAAAUUCGACUAUCCAGAGAGAUCACAUCUAAUAAAUGAGCACAGGCCUUACUCGCAGUUACUGGGCAGCAGGCUUGGCUCAGGGAAUGCUGUGGGCUGCAGCGGUGUCCUGGCGUCACCCUUUGAUGUCUCCCAGGAGGUUAGUGUUGAGAGUCCUCCAAGAGCAGAGGGUUCACGGGCUAGGGAACUUGUCUUAAGCUAUGUUGGCAAGCAAGCAGUUAUUAGAUUGUUUAUUGUGAGUCUGGAGGACUGAACCCUGCACAUCUCCUUACAAUAACCUGACCUUGCAUGUCAGGGGAACCUGUGGAGCUCCCCUGGGGGAAAGCCAGCAGGCCAAAGCAUCCCUGUUUCUCAGAUGGACAUGGGCCAGGAAGGCAGAGCUCCGUAGUAAGGGUCCCUGCAAAGGGGCACUUACCUAAGUCAUCUAGGUGGCAGGUCCUCUCUGAGCUUUCCUACUUGAGGUUGGGAGCUGAGUUUCUUAAACUAGAAAACCUUGUGCUGGCAGGCAAGGAGAUAGCAUUCCCACGUUCCUACACCUCCUCUUAGUUUAACAGGAGUUACAAGUGGGCUGGUGGGCUAACUGCUCCAUGGGGGACCCAUUAGGGGGUCCCAGACAGCUCCCUCUACCACUCUUCCUGCUUCAGGACAGUUCUUCCAGCUACAAGAACAGAAUCUGACUGCCCAGGGAUGGGAAGGGCUUUUGGAAGUGAAUACUGUGAAGUCCAGGAAAUG